AUGCGGGCGCUCGCGCGGGCCGGCGCGGCCGUGCUGGGCGGGCGGCCGUGGCGGGGCGCGGGGGGCGGCGCGGUGGGGCCGGGGGGCGGCCCGGCGCGGGGCCUCAGCUCCCACGGCCCCGCGGGGACGCGCCUGCUGCGGCACCUGGCCUACAAGAUCAAGGCCAGCGGCCCGCUCAGCGUGGCCGAGUACAUGCGGGAGGUGCUGACCAACCCCGCGCAGGGGUAUUACAUGCACCGGGAUGUGCUCGGAGAAAAAGGAGAUUUCGUGACUUCCCCUGAGAUCAGCCAGAUCUUCGGGGAGCUGCUGGGGAUAUGGUUCGUGAGCGAGUGGAUGGCUGCGGGCAAGCGUCCUGCCCUCCAGCUGGUGGAGCUGGGCCCCGGCCGGGGCACGCUGACCGGAGAUAUCCUGAGGGUGUUCGGUCAGCUUGGGUCAGUGCUGCAGAACUGUGACAUUUCCAUCCACCUGGUGGAAGUGAGCCAGAAGCUCAGCGAGAUUCAGGCGUCGACGCUGACGGACGAGGCGGUCCCACUCGAGCAAGCGGCCGACGCCCCCGUGUACAUGAAGGGCGUCACAAAGUCUGGCCUCCCCGUGUCCUGGUACCGAGACCUGCGAGACGUCCCACAAGGGCACAGCUUCUACCUCGCGCAUGAGUUUUUCGACGUCCUUCCCGUGCAUAAGUUUCAGAAAACACCCCAAGGAUGGCGGGAAGUCCUCGUGGACAUUGACCCAGAAGUUUCGGAUAAGCUGAGGUUUGUUUUGGCGCCUUCUCCCACCCCAGCGGAAGCCUUCAUACAACGCGACGAGGCCCGGGACCACGUGGAGGUGUGCCCCGAGGCGGGGGUGAUCAUUCAGGAGCUGGCCCAGCGCAUUGACCGGGACGGAGGCGGGGCCCUGAUCGCGGAUUACGGCCACGAUGGGACGAAGACCGACACCUUCCGGGGCUUUCGUGACCACAAGCUUCAUGACGUCCUGGUGGCCCCGGGCACCGCUGACCUGACGGCAGACGUGGACUUCAACUACCUGCGCAGGAUGGCCCAGGGCAGGGUGGCGGUGCUCGGGCCACUGCAGCAGCAGGACUUCCUGAGGAACAUGGGCAUCGACGUGCGCCUGAAGGUCCUUCUGGAAAAGGCCGAAGAGCCGGCCGCGAAGCAGCAGCUGCUCCAGGGCUACCACAUGCUCAUGGACCCCCAGCAGAUGGGACAGAGGUUCCACUUCUUCGCCUUGCUGCCCCUCCAGAGGCUGCAGGGCCCCGGGCAGCCGGCCAGUGCCCGCCGCCGGGCGCCGUCCGCAGGCUCCGUGGCAGGGUUCGGCGAACUUACCUGGCGGUGAGAGCAGGGUGGGCGGGCUCUGGCCCCCGAGUCUGCCUGAGGAACCGAAAUAAAGGCAACAGUAUUUGGGAGGGGGCAGGUAGUAGCUCUCGAAUCAUCGUCUCUCUUUGCGGCCAGCAGGAUACCUGCUGUGUGGCGGCGCAUUUAGCCUGAGGAGUCCCUUGGUGCAGAGGGUCUUCUCAAUGCGAUGAAGGUUAUGAAACGGAGUGAAACGAGUUUCCUCUCAUUAUAAAGAUAUUUGCUGUGCA